AGUGAAAAAACAAUGAUGGAGUAGCUCUCGACAGUUUGAUGUAGUUAAGAGUACCUAGUUCGGUUGAUUUUUCUAUAAAUUAGAAAAAAAUACACAAUGGCUUCCUCUUCAAACGUUAAUGGAAACCUGGUUGAUGAAUUGGAAGAAGCGUUUCAGUCUUGUAUUCACGCACUGACAAAGGAAGAAUCUGCUACCGGCGUUGAUAAAGAUGAAAUCAAACUGGAGGUGGAUCAAACAACAUUGAAAUUCAUCGAUUUAGCUCGUCAGAUGGAAGCAUUCUUUUUGCAGAAACGUUUUCUUUUGUCUGCAUUGAAACCAGAUCUGCUUUUGAAAGAAGAAAAUUUUGAUCUUAAACAGGAAAUUGCUCGAAAGGAUGAGUUGAUUCGUAAGCACUAUGAAAAAAUUGAAUCGUGGAAAAAUUUGCUCUCAGAUCAGCAAAAUUACAAUAAACCGAUUCAGGCGCUUCCGCCAGAGAUGCGUGGUAAUUUAGCGGGUGGUGCUCCAGGAGGCCCAGGUCUGAUACCAGGCGGGAUGGGUAUGCCGAUGCAGAAUUCGAUGCAAGUUCAACAAAUGCAAGCCCAGCAGCAGCAGAUGCAAAUGUUGCAGGCUCAGCAAAUGCAGCAGAUGCAAUCAAUGCCAAUAGGGGCUAAUCCUCAGCUAUUUCCUCAACCCGGCGGAGGUCGUGGUGUUGGAGCUGGUGGUCCUGGUUUUCAACAAAGUCAAAAUCUCCAAGGACCAUUAGCUUAUCUGGAAAAAACUGCUAGCAAUAUAGAUCUAGUUGGAAUGGGGGACGGUCGAAGGUGACGCGGGCGGGGCAGGGGGCGCGGAAGAGGUCGUGGUCGUGGCAGAGGCCGCGGACGUGGAAAUGCUCCCGAGUUUCAUAGUGGAACGUUAUCUUGAGAAAGGAUCAUCAUUUUGUUACGGUAGACGUCGUAAUUAGUUUAUAUUACAAUAUACAAACAGAAUUGUCCACUCUAAAAGCAGUAAAAAAUUAACCUUAACAAACCAAUGCUCCUUCAACCUGCUACAGAUACAAAAACCUAUCGUUUUGGCUUUUCUAUUCCUCAAAAAAUUAAACGAAGAAUACAGUCAAUCCAAAGACAAACAGCAAGAACAUCAUGGAAGAUAUAGAAUAACUUUCAAAAUUGCGCCUAAUUAAAUUGUGAAUCGGUUGUGUGUUGUAGUGUAAGCCUAAUACCUUGUCCUGAUCAUUUUCAAAAAGAUAAACGUUACGCUGUGGGGCGCUUUGAACCCGACUAAAAAUAUGAAGGAAUAGAUAAAACUUCACCGGAUUGAUUAAAAUAGAAAAAUCUAUCAGCUAAGUAGCGUCAGAAACAAGGAUUUGUCGCAGUCGAAUUAAACAAAUAUCAUUUUGUACAGAUCAAGGAUAGUUUUCUUCGUUUUAUUUCGAUUGUCAUUCGUUAGCUUUAUAUCAAGUUUUCCCUGCUGUUUCUGGGUCGAUAAUUUUUUCCUGCUUUUAAAUCCUUGGACAGGUUGCAGCUCUGCUAUUGUAAGAGUAUUAGUUUGUCCUGAAAAUCUAAAUUUAAUAAAUAAAAGUGUCAUUAAAAAAUAAAAAUAAGAUUUCAUUACUUCUGCAAGUAUGGGAAAAUGAACGACUGAACGCAAAAAAUCGGAUUAGCUUUAGUUUUAAGGACCCGUUUAAAUACUGUUAAAUUCAAAAACCAGAUACAAACAUUGAAUGCAAAUACUGAACGAUGCAAAAAUUGUUUAAAACAUCUUGUAAGCAAAUAUUUAGUUUGUUCAAUUUUUUUAAUUUUUUUAAACGUAUUUCGAAGAUUGUAUUUUUUUUUUGUUUAUAUAUAUUAUUGUGAGAUGUAUUAAGUUACUGUAUUCGGUAUGAUGAUGAUGGAUUUUUAGUUUGUUUGAGAGUUAAAAAUAAUGAGCAGUCUACAAACGUUUGAGCCUCGCGCGCGAAGCAGAUAAUGACUAUUUGGAAAGCGAACAGGACUGGCCGAAGAGCUUUAGCAUUCAGUGUGUUAAGUUUGACUCUUGACCUUGAUCGCAAGGUUUUAUUAGUUAAUUUAAGGAAUAGAUUCGGAAAACUGAUUGGGAUCGACAGAUGUUGAUGGAAUUGUGCUUGGCUCUGCUCAUCCGCAGUCUCGUUACUCCAUCGUAGCUGAUGUUUGUAGCGAUGAAACGAAACAUAGAACGCAAUAACCAGAGAAAAAUCAAACAUGGCAUGGUUUGUUUCGUGUGAUCUGAUCCAUCCUUAUUAGCAUGGUUUGUUACGGGUGAUUUGAUCCAUGCUUCAUAUAACAACAGUCAAUUCAGUAAUUUUGAAAUUUCGAACAGUAACCAUCAAAGCUGUCAACACUACUUACACAUUCUAUAUUAUUGAUUUCUUAGUAAACAAAACCGUCACACUUGUAUAAACAAAUUUGAACAAUUCUAAACCGAACAUAAGUAAUGAAUACGCAAGUCGAACGGAAUGCAAAAUGGAAAUUGCACAUUCGAUCGGAAUAUUUCGAAUCGAUCGACGUACAGAAUAGGGGUGAGAACCAACACUCUUUUUUUUGUCUGUCGAUAUUUCGUUUGUAAAUUGAAUUAUUGAAAAUCGAGUUUUUCGCAAACUUGUCAAUAUUUACGAAUUUAAAGUUGGCCGCGCUGUUUUUAUUCUGCACGCCAAGCCAGUUUUGUGUAUCAUACUUUAUAGAGAAAUGAAGCCUACAGACAGACAGAAGAGAGUAGAUGUGCUCAAUAUGCAGUCUUACGAUUUGUUCCAAACGAAACUGACGGUUAGCCAAUGCAAUUUGAAUCAGAAUAAUCUACGGCCGUAUAUUGAAUACAUACGAUAUAUGCAGUUCGGGAAUCGGCUACACGGAUUCCGUUUAUGACAGAAAUUAAAAUUAUUGCAAUCAGUUCUAAAAAAAAACAAUUGCUGUUAAAGAUUUUAAAUUGUCUUAUCAUCUUAUAUGGCAGAAAUCAGCUCGAGAAAUCGACCAAGAGCGAAAAAAGACAUUAUUAUCGACUUUGCAAACGAUUGUGCCAAAGGAUAAAUUAAAAUAUUUUGAAAACAUUACUACGAAAUAAACUCUACUGAAAAGGCGAUGAAUCUAUAUCAGUUUGUUUAAUAACUAAAUCAGUGUAUUUCUAUGCCCCAUUAAUAUAUUUUCUUUUUCUUCAGUGGGACGGUAAUGCGUAGAAUAUUACAGAUGGGACAAUUUGACUUAAUACUUUUUCGAAAAGUUUUCGAACAAACUGCCAGAUUUUAUUAUAUUUUCUUGAAAUAUAUGUGUUUACAAACCGCUUGAGCUUGAGCGACCACCCCUGGUUGCUACUCCGUUACUGAUCGGGAUUAGCUGAAAUUGUACAGGGAGUUUCUAGAUGAUCCGACCUGGGACUGGUAAAUCAUCCUUCAAUGUACAACAUCUUCUGAUAAUCCCAGAAUUCAUUGAUCAGUACCGGCGCCGGCCAGGCCCGAAUGUAGAUCGUCUAAGGAAUGGGAAGGGAUGUUAGUCCAACACUUGUUGUUACUAGAGGCCGUAUAUACUACUGCGCACUCCACAAGUGUCACGGGAGAAGGAUAUUUGUUAGUAAAAAUUUCAGUAUUGGUAUUAUUCGCACGCGACUCAGUAUGUUCCGGUUUCAAGAUGCUCGGAUGCACCACUAAACUCACUGACUUCCCGAGUGAACGUUUAAACAAUAUCCUAUAUUAAAGUCCCGGAAAGUCUUGAUUCACAGCUCUUAUUCGAGGAAACUGAAGAAAAAUUUGCAAUACUAUCGCGUAAAGAAUAAAAACUUCCCUAUUUUUUAUAAAUGAAAUUACGUGAUACAAAAUAAACGAAUGAAUAGGAUUUAGACAAAAUAGUUGAUCUAUUCCAUUGUUUAUUUGUUUAUUUGGAGCAGGGAAAAAGCCCGGUGAAGUUAGUUUCUGUCAAACUUGCUCUCCAACAGGCAUAAAACCUCCUCAUCUUUAGCAUCAACAGAUUACAAUCAUCCAAAUGAUACAUUCUAAAUAGUUCUUAUAAAAUCAUUUUAAAUCACCAAAUAAAGGUCAACAGAUUUC